AUGGAAGGAAAGGAAGGUAGGAGGAAGGAAGGAAAGGAAGGGGGAAAGGAAGGAAGAAGGGAGGGGGGAAAGGAGGAAGGGAAGGAGGAAGGAGAUAUGGAGGGAGGAAGGAUAGGGAAGGUGGAGGAAGGAAAGGGAGGGAAAGGACAAGGGGGAAGGGAGGAAAGGGAGGGGGGGAAUGGGAGGGAAGGAGGAAAGGGGAAGGAGGGGAAGGAAGGAGGAAGGAGGGGGAAAGGAAGGAAAGGAGGAGAAGGGGGGGGAAGGAAAGGAGGGAAGGAAAGGAAGGAGGAAGGAAUUGGGGGGGAAGGAAAGGAUGAAAUCGAUGAGGAGGGCGGGUCUGGUUAUUGA